AGGAGCGCGCCUGGCGCGGACUGGCGGGGGCCCGCGUGGGGCGGCGGCCGCCUUGCCCCCCGAGAGGGCCUCGCGCGCCCGCCUUUCUCCUUCCGGCGGCGCCGCCGCAGCCACAUCCCGGGCGGGGCGGCGGCGCCGAGGCUUCCCGGCGGGCCGGCCUCCUGCGCUCCCCGGACGCCGGGACCCCGCGCGCCUCGCCCCCGGGCCCGCGAGACCCGAGCCGAGCUUCGCGCCUGGGGCCGCGGAAGGGCCCGAGGACCCCGACAGGCUCCGGCUGCCCGGAGGUUAUUCAUUCACGAUAUGACAUUUGGCUAGAAUUUGCCAGGGCAUUAAAGCUUGACGAAAUACAAAACCCAGCAAACAUCUUGCAUUGAAAGCUUUGAUCAUCCUACACAGGAAUCUUUACCCAAUAUCAAACAUAUAAACCAGCGACAGGAGGAGCCAAGAACCUCGGGCAAAGCAGAUACGGCAAGGAAAUGUGGACCAGGCUUCAGAAGCCCUGCCAGGGGAACCUGGGAAACACGGUGCACCUGCUGUGUGGGGACCUGAGGGCGAAGGUGCAGGUGCAGGCUGGGCCUUGGGGAGAGCUCCCGGUCGAAGGCUGGAGAACCCCUUGGGGGAAGGAAGUGGGGUCGCAGGGAGGUCCUAGGAGGCGAGGACCUGUCAUUGAGGCCGGAGGAGCGCUGAUGCCCGGCCCCCGUGAGCCCGGUCUGCCAGCGCACACAGGCUCUCCGGAAUCAUCCGCCGUCGGCACACGUGGAGCAGACCAGCUCCCUGCUGCCCUGGGGUGAUGGACGGGACUGUCAGUGGACACCAGCCCAGCCUAGCGUGGUCUCUCUCUCCAAGUGACUUGGUUUGGCUUCAAGAAGCCCUGUGUUAAAGGAAGAAUCACUGAAUGGCUGACAUUUGACAACAUGCACCACCAGUGGCUUCUGUUGGCCGCAUGCUUUUGGGUGAUUUUCAUGUUCAUGGUGGCCAGCAAGUUCAUCACACUGACCUUUAAGGACCCUGAUGCCUACAGCGCCAAGCAGGAGUUUCUGUUCCUGACCGCCGUCCCCAACUCGGGGAGGUCGCCGGGAGAGACGCACUUCCCUGAGGAGCUGAAGCCGACUGGGAAGAUGCUGUCGGGCGGCCGGCUCGUUCAGCCCCUGGUCUACAUGCAGCGCCUGGAGCUCAUCAGAAACGUGUGCAGGGAGGACGCCCUGAGGAACCUCUCACACACCGCCGUCUCCAAGUUCGUCCUCGACCGGAUCUUCGUGUGUGACAAGCACAGGAUUCUCUUCUGCCAGACCCCCAAAGUGGGCAACACGCAGUGGAAGAAAGUGCUGAUCGCGUUGAACGAAGCAGUUGAAAUUCAGAGAUCUAAAGGAGCCUUUCCUUCCAUCGAAGAGAUCCCCGACAAUGUGGUGCACGACCACGAGAAGAACGGCCUCCCACGCCUCUCUUCCUUCAGCGAUGCAGAAAUUCAGAAGCGCUUGAAAACAUACUUCAAGUUUUUUAUCGUAAGAGAUCCCUUCGAGAGACUGAUUUCUGCCUUUAAGGAUAAGUUUGUUCACAACCCCCGCUUUGAGCCUUGGUACAGGCACGAGAUUGCCCCCGGCAUCAUCAGGAAGUACAGGAGGAACCGGACGGAGACCAGGGGCAUCCAGUUCGAGGACUUCGUGCGCUACCUGGGUGAUCCAAACCACAGGUGGCUGGACCUUCAGUUUGGGGACCACAUCAUCCACUGGGUGACGUAUGUGGAACUGUGUGCACCCUGUGAGAUCAAGUACAGUGUCAUAGGUCACCACGAGACCCUGGAGGACGACGCCCCAUACAUCUUGAAAGAGGCUGGCAUAGACCACCUGGUGUCUUACCCCACCAUCCCCCCAGGCAUCACCGCCUAUAACAGAACCAAGGUCGAGCACUACUUUCUGGGCAUCAGCAAACGAGACAUCCGGCGCCUGUACGCACGUUUUGAAGGGGACUUUAAGCUCUUCGGGUAUCAGAAGCCAGACUUUUUGCUAAACUAAUGUGUAGGACUGUGAGUUCAAAUAUCUUCGUUGGACCAGAGGCUAACCAGGUGGAGAUCUGGGCACAGAAAUGGCACUUCCUCCAUCACACUCCUGAAGACGCCGCAGCUCCUGUGGACCUGGGAAUGCCUCAGCUGGUGAAGCUGGACCCUGACCGUUACGAUCUAGUUUGCACAGAAGGUGCACAGAGGGCCCUGGCCUCCACCCUAUCCUGCCCCAGUGCCAUCAGGCCUUUGCACUCCUCAGGGGGGAAGAAGACUGCAACAUUUGCAGUCGAACAGGAGGAAAAAGCCUUGAGUCACCUCCCUCGGUUGUCAGACGCCUGCAGCAACUCUGGAGGGCAGGGCGGUCCUGCAAGUUCCCAAGGGAUUGCAGGCAUGGCCCCCAGCAGUCUCAGAGAGAUGGAAGAGCCUGCAGACAUCACAAGGGCCGAGACAGCAUUAAAUCUGAGUAAUAAAUGUACACCCUAGCUUUCAUCUUGGCACCUCUGUUGUCACAGAGGCAAACCUUUCUUUCCAUGACUAUUUUGUUCCUGGGAAAUUCAGGGAUGACCCGAGGGCAUUUUCCGGCAGUCCAUCUUCAGAAUACGUGCUUGUGUGCUGCUCGGCCAGGUUUCCGAAUCUCCACCUGCCACGUGAUGAUCUCAUUCAGCCCAAUAGAUCCAGUUUUGGGGAGUGUACAUUCUUCCCACCUGAGAAAGGGAACAUCUUUGGGGACCUUAAAGGGAGCAUGGCCUGGGAAGAGGCAGAGCUGGCUGGGUGCUGGAGCUCAGGCUGCCCUGGACUUGGGCACAUCCGUCCUGAUGACUGCCUGCCUCUUGUCUCUGAUGGUCCCUCAUGGAUGGGUACGGGUGUUGGCGGGGGCUGGGCGGGGUCUUCACCUGUCUCGUCCAAGGCCAGGCCGUCCCGGGGCGAAGGCAAGCAUGGCAACGUGCCCGAAUUGCCCCGUCAGUGCAGUUUACACAUCUCAGUCUCCUUUCAUCUCAGUAAAAUGCAUACCACUGGACCCACUUCUGAUGAUGCCAUCAUCCUGGACUGCAAGUUGGAUAAUCAAGUUCACCAGCAAUAAAAUCCUGGGCGGAGGUGGCCCCAAUAAUGCAUCUUCCAGGCACGGAGGAGCAGGCCACGCUACCACUUCAGAUGCCGUCCAACAGCGAGGCCCCUCAAGGUACAGGACAGUUUCCCUGUGAAAAGUCCCGAGUGUCCGGCCAAUCUGCACAGGGCCUGGGAGCCCACCUUUUCCGCCAGGCAGCCUCCACCGUCCCUUUCUCGGUGUGGCUUCCUGAGUUUGUAAAUGUGAAUGUAACAUGAAAUAAAAAAAAAAAACACGUGCCAACCUGACAUGGGCCGCCA